GAGCAUCCUCCCAUUUCCGCAAUUCUCAACACUCUUUCCCUCUGUCGCUCUGCCGUCUCUCCCUCUCCCUUUUCGUCCUCACUAAACUAAUCUAAUGCCUCCAUUCUCGCCCCUCACCAACUCUCCCUUCCACUAAUCUCGCCACCCCCGCCGCCGCUGCAGGCCGAAGGAGAAGGAGUAGCUCUGCCGAUAUCUGCUAAUGGAGUCUCCUUCGUUUGUGUCCAAAGCACGGACAACCUUCCAUUCACUGCAGCUCGAGCCGAGCGCGUCCUCACCGAUUUGAAAUCCGACCGAUCAGAUGCUGACAACAAGCAAUCGCCGAGGGAAGAACGGAGUGAGCAGCCGGAUAAGCAGUCUCUGAGGAACGAAAGCGAGUCUAAGAGCAACAAUGAAGGGAAGCACUUGAAGUGGAAGCCUGCAUCUAUAGGAAUAAAGCAGGAUUGGCAGGACCGAUUCAAAAAUAUUAGAAUAGGGAAAAAAGGAGGUGACAGGCCGACAGAAAAAGUUGAUGAUUCAAAGAUGGCUCUUGCAUUUUAUGAUGAGAAUUUGUACAUACUGAACAUGAAAAAGGAUGCUGAGGUCAAGGCGUCACAAGUACCUUACAUAGUAGAAAGAUUAAAUGCCACAACUCCAGACAGCAUCCCUCCAGCAUCUGUCAUGAAGCAAUUGGCUACUGCUAUUGAUGCUGGGAAAAAAUACAAGUCAAUAAAAGAUAUUGUGGUGCCUUCUGGAAGUUCUUCACCAAUGAGGGAGAGGGCAAGCAGAAGCCUUGCUGCUGUGAAGUCAUUGGUGCUUCGUGAUAAGGACGAGAAGCUUGCGUCUGAGUUUGAGAAUCACGAGAAGGUUUUGUCCAUCUUGCAGUCGUUGUUUGAUGCAGAGGGGGACUUUCUAAGGAGGAAUGUGAGCUGUAGUGAGGAUUCCUUAUCAUUGAUUAAAGACAUUCAUGGUGUACCUCCCGGAAGCUUUCUUGUAAAGCUAUCUGAAGUAAUUGGAAGCUUUAAAACAUUGAGGAAAAUGGCUAUCCUGUGGUGCAAAAUUGUUGCUGAACUCAGAAGACUCUGGGGUGAAGAACUCCACAUACCAGGCAUCCCUCUGGAUGAGUUUCCAGAUCUUCAUUCCUGCCUUCUAUACCAGCAGCUUCAAGUUAUCAAUUGCUGUGUCUCCAGGAAAAAGCGUCACGCGAUUGCUUCUAAAUCACUGGAAGCUGCAUUAAGGGACGCCAAGAGAUUUUCUCCAGAAUCUGCUAAAGGUGUAAAUGCUCCUGGGCAUUUAUUAUAUGCCAAAACGAGCAGUGGAGAACUUGUACUUCGGCUAGGUGCGGGUUCGAAGGCUCCUAAUCUGUUCAUGCUGGAAAGUGGUGAACCAAUAUACUCUCCUAUCCCUCAGGAGGGCCCUUUGCUUACCGAAGAUCUUAUCAAAGAAACAGAAGAAUUUGUUCUUCGAACUGGAAGUGUUGGUGCUGGGUGCUCUCAGUUACUCUCUGACAUGCAAGGUUUCAAGGCUGCCAAUCCUGGCUGUAUAUUAGAGGAUUUUGUGAGAUGGCAUUCUCCUCCUGACUGGACAGACAGUGAGCCAACUGAUGAGGCGAAUGAGACUUCUUCUUCAGAUGGGGGUAAUUCAUCGUCAACAAAAGGUUACUUAAGUAGUCGAAUGCAGAAAGAAGGAAACUUGUGGCGUGAACUGUGGGAAACAUCUAAGCCGGUUCCGGCUGUUAAACAGGCUCCUUUGUUUGAUGAGGAAUUGGCAGUACAGCACGGAGUCUCCUGCAGUGAGGGGAUUCUGAAUCACAUGGAGAACAUCAGCCCUUCUGAGCUUUUUGAACAAUUCUUCAUUUCUUUGCUUGGUCUGGGAACUUUGAUGGCCGAGGCAAAACUCUCUAGCAACGAUUAUUUAUCAAAGCUAUUCUAUGAGUGCAAAGACUACUUCGUGGUAACUUGUCAAGGAAGGCCCUGGAGUGAAAAAGUGGACGACAUUUGCCAAGUGUAUGAAACAAUGGAGGCAAUGAUAGUGAACCCGGAUGAAGUUGUUAAGGCAAUGAAGCAGGCUGAUGAGGCCAGAACACCUGGAUCUGAAACCAAGCGCAUUAGCUUCCUAAAAUUGGGUCUGAACUUCGGCAUUAAGGACAGGAACCCGAGAAAGCCGUCCCCAAGAUCCGAGAGCAGUUCAGAGGAGAGCCCCAUGAAACAGCAAUUCUCUAAUUUCUUCGAGGGCAAGUCAUCCUUGUUCUCGAAAAACAAGCCUCCCAAACCAGGGAGCGCAUCUCCUGGUGAAAAAACCCCUUCAGCAGAAGAUAGUGACUGGACACUCGUUUGAAAGGCUACAGAGGGGAAUCAUCCUACACAGCCAAUUGUAAUUAGUUUUGAAUUUUCCAUCUCUUUCAAAUCCCCCCAAGGUAAUGAAGGAAUCCAUGCCUUCUGUCCCCCUGUUUUUUUGGUUUAAAAUCUUGUUCAUCUGUAAAUCCACACACUCGUUCGACCUGUUUUUGCCCCCGGGGUUUAGGCAGAAUAUCAGCAGAACCCUGUUACUUGCACGAAAUGUGUUAUAAUACAAAUUUAGGCAAAGAAGAGAGAAAAUACAAUUGAGAAUCCGAGAUUUUCCUGUUUUGAGUAAUCUUCCUGCUACAUCUGCUGACUGCGACCAAGGGCAGAAAGGAGAUUUCAGUCGUCAUCGGAAGAAGUCUUGAUAGUGGCAUUGUCUUCGUCCUUGGCUGCUUCCGACUCAUAGUACUUCAUCAAGAAAUGCGGGAAGACGAAGUUGGAUAUCACGUAAAAGAACAGAAGCAAACCUCUCGUGGGUAACAACACAGCUAUGUCCCCGCGUUUCGCCGUGGCAACUCCGAGGACGAGGUAGUCGAGGGAAGAACUGGACAUGGCUCGUGUCGGAGUAGUAGUUGUAGUGGUUCUCACGUUCCAGCCGUCGUUGUCCUUCCUCGGCCGUGAAGGCGAGAGCAGUGUCGGGGAAUUCCAUGGCUGAUUGGUGUGUUUAGGGAGUGAAUAGGGGCUGGCAAGGGAAAGGAAUGGAGAUUGGAACUGGGAUGUGGAGUUCAUCGUCGCCAGUAACGUUAAUGGUAUCAAAGCCAGGCGUUGUGUUUGUGUAGUAACAGCUUCUCUGUUUUGGUUCUUACGUUCUUGGCAGAUUCGUAAGCGUUUGUGGAUAACGUUGCUCCUUCAUGAAGAUAUUUGAGCUGGGCUCUCCGUAUCUGUUUUCCAUGGUCCUAUUGGGCUUUGCUAAUGUCAGGAGAAAUUUAGCGUCGAAUGCCAGCCCAAAAAAAAAAUUGCCAUAAUGCAGG